AUGGAAGCGGUGGUGGACACCGUGGUGGAAAUGGUGGUUGAUACCAUAGUAGAGGCGGUGGUGGUGGUGGAAGGUGAUAAUAGAGGUGGAGGAGAUCAUGGAGGCAGUGGUGGUUAUGGAGGUGGCUGCAAUGGAUACCAAGGUGAUAAUAGAGGUGGAGGAGAUAGUGGAGGCGUUGGUGAUUAUGGAGGUGGAGAUAGUGGAGGCGGUGGUGGUGUGUAUGGAGGUGACGGUAGUUCUCUUGGUCAAUGUGUGUGUGGAUGUUGUUUAUGUGGUCGCAAGAGUUGUGGAUGGAGAUCUCGUGGUCAGAGUUAUAUUGAUGUGAUCAGAAGAGUUGUGGAUGGACUCUCGAUUGUGGAUACGAAAGUAGGAAUAAAGGUGGAGGAGAUAGUGUAG